ACUAUCCGAGAUACAUAUAGAUGUGCACUAAUAAAGGUUUUGGUGUUUAUGACGGUGUUCUCUGCCAUUGUCGGAAUGGCAUUACUGGUCUAUGUGAUAUACGAUAAAUUCAUUUACAAAGAGGAAUUGACUAGAGAGACCCUUGUGAAGCGCUACCCUGGAUAUUUUUGGACACGGGAAGAGUACCUCCACUAUUCUAGACUUCUAAAUAGCAGUAUGAAGGACACUACUGUUCACGAAUACUUCCUGAAAUUCUGUAACACAGACUGUCCCAAACGACCGUGGUAUUCAAAGUCCACAGGCAGGAGGAGACGAGACGCUGGUGUCAUCAGCAGCGGUAACGUAUACCACGGAUGUUGCUUAUCCGACACGUACUACACAUCACCACUUCAACAGGUGAACGAGAACGGUGUGAACAGGAACCUAUUUCAUCUUCUACCGGACGCUCAGCAGUUCUUCAAAGUCUCCUCGUGCAUUGAGAACGUAAAAUGUACCGGUUGCCACUGUAUGUAUGAGGAGGAACUACAUUCCGUUGUGGUCGUUAAGGCAGGGAUUAGCUUUACUGACGCCACCAUGGACGAUCUGGAAAUAGACGUGCUGACGUUUAAUGGAUGCUGCAAGUGCGUGAAUGACGGAACAUAGUGGUCUCUUGGCGGCGCAAAUGAAAUUCGGUACUUCCAGAAACGUUUCCAUUUGUGCCCUAACGCUUUCUAUGUGAACUGCACAGGAUACACACAGCUUUACGCGUGUGACUCGAAAUCUUCUCUGCAUUUUGGAUUGGGGUCAAGUUUAAGAUGUAAAAUUCCAGGAGAGAUAAGUUGUAUUGUAUGAAAAUUUCCACAGGGGCUAAGCCCGUUUUGGGCCCGAACUCUGUGAUACCAUAUAUUUAUGGCAUCACAAGAGUUCGGGCCCAAAACGGGCUUAGCCCCUGUGAAAAUUUCUAAUAUAUACCCUCUAUAAGAUUCUGUUUUUAGAAGAUACGGUAUCGUGAUCUGGUUAACUUUACACGUUUUAAGAUUACUGAGUGAAAUGUGCAUGUGUUACAUUUUCAUGAAAAUUGCAUUUUAUAGUAUUUAUUACUGAGGGCAAUCGCACUCCCGUAUGACGAGUUAUUUGGCGUAUUAGUAAGGCUGUCUUUUUAAAACAAUUUGGGAGGGGGGGCUAAUAUUUCAAAUUCUUCUUUUUUAUACUUAGUCCAGGGUGUCAAGCCACUUUUGGUCCUAAAGAUGUAGGAUUAUAGGAUUUUAUUUUUUUUGCAGUUUAUAGGGCAAAUAAAGGGAUUUUUACAGCAGAUUUAUGGAAAUAAAUAGGGUUUUUUUUUAUUUAAAAAUUUUGUAUAAAAGUGGAUUGUUUCUGCAUGAAAAUCUAGCAAGCAUAGUAUCUUACUGGAGAAGAAAUAACAUUAAACAUAAACAAAGACAAAAAACUCUUCAGAUGUGGACAGUUCCCCCAUCCAAUAGACAGUUCUUAUACAAUCAUCAUAGUUAUUCUCUUCAUAACAAUCUUAAAUAUCAAUCUAGCACCAGCUCCUAGAUUUUGUGGGGUUUUCAUUCUUCUUUUUUUUUUUUAAUCAUUUUUGAAAAUAGGACUGUCAUUUUUUUUUUAUAUAUAUAGGGCUUUUUAUGGAUUUUAAUGACUUAUAGGGAAAAUAUAGGAACCUUCAAAUUUAUAGGAAUAAAUAGGGACUUGACAC